AUGUUGUUCCGGAGCAAAGUUUCGAGCAAAACAAUUAUACAGGAAAAUUCUAACUUCUUCAAAGCCGACGGGCAACAAAUACGAGUUAUCGUUGAUGAUCGUCUUCCAAUCAAUUCUGAAGGAUCCCUCUAUUAUGCUCAAUCCGUCGAAUCCGCAUUCUGGUAUCCUUUACUUGAAAAAGCGUAUGCAAAAUUUCGCGGAAGUUACGAAUUCAUUGAGUAUGGUCUCCCAAUGGAAUCAUUCUUCCAUUUAACCAAAAGAAAACCAGUAUCCUUCGACAAUGAAUCCACGACACCUCUCCCAUCUACUUCUUUUGGAAUGUAUUCAAAAUUGCAAAAACUGAUUAAUGAUCAAUGUCUUGUAACCUGUAAACUCCAUGAUCCUCAAGGAAACAAUCAACAGUAUGGAAGUGCUUUCGUCGUAGUUGACGUCAUGGAAAAGAGACGGAUCUCUAAUGACGGACUUGUCGAACAAAGGAAUUUCGUGAAACUUCGACAUCCAUCUGGAAGGAUCAAGAUCUAG